AUGUCGUCCGAUAGCCGCACACUUGGAUACGCACACCCUCAAGGCUCGAGUCUGUCGGAGUCACCUGCGACGCAAAGAGCUGGGCGGUCCAUGGCUACCGGGAAUCUCGCUCUCGCCAAUGAAGUACCGACAUACUUCCCCGCAGUUUACCAACAGUGCGAUAAGACCACCCACCGGGCGGAGGAGACAGAAGUGCCAAUAUUACCGAUCUCUCCCAUUCCCUUUCUAGCCUAG